AUGUGCGGGUUCCCUGAGCUGCGGUGCUUGGAGGAGGAAGAGCAGCGAUGCUGGCAUGUUCUGGAUCCCGUCGAGAGCUGGUUUCACGGCCUCUUACAGGAGCCGCGAGGCCGAAGAGACGGCUGCGGCUGGGGAUUUGAAGAGGCGGAGCAGGCGGAGCAGGCGGAGCAGGGGGAGGGAGAGGACUCCUUCGCUGAGUUCAACUCCUUCGGCGAAGAUCUCGGGGAGCAGAGCGGAGCCGGCGGCGCCCUAGCCCUGCGGCGCCUGGGCGCGUUUUGCGCGGCGCUGGACCGGAGCCUCGCCGAGGCCAAGGAGGCCUUGAAAGCGCACGAGGCGAAGGCGAAAGCCGUCGAGGCCCAGAGCUGCGAGGAGACCGAGAGUUUCGGCGAACAGCUCGACCAGUUGCUCGCCAGAUACGAGGAGGACGUGUCCAGGGGUUCACGCCGAUCCCCGGAAGUGGUGGAAGCGGACGCUGAGUCUUCCAAGGCCUCCAGAGCAGAAGAGGCCGCUGAGUGGGUUAAAGCGCUGGUGGAGAUUUUAGAAGCCGUGCUCCCGAAGUUGCGGACAGUCUCUGACGCUUUGACAGCCGCUUCCAGCGCUUCACCGGACCCGGGCUCCGAGUGCCUCUGCCUCGCAUUGGCUGUUUCGGAGCUGGGGCAGAAACUCCGACGCCUGGAGGAGAGCCCGAUUUUACAGGGCCCACAGGGCCCCCCCCCAAUUCCAGUGCUUCGCUUCUUCCAUCGGGGUCCUUUUCUGGGACCUGCGACAGCGGACAUUCUUUGGGGCCUUGUGGCACGGCAGAAACUGUUGCUGUUGGACAACUGGGUCCUCGAAAAGUCACGAGGCUGGCAGAUGAUGCGGGCGACGGGCGUGGGCUGGUGGGGCUCUCCGGCGCUACUGGAUCAGAUCGUCACGAGACUCGCACAAGCCUCCAUGGCCAAACUGCGGAGUGGCAGCAGCCAUUCGCUGGCGGCGACCGUCUCAAAGCACUCGCGGCCGCAAAGCUCUGCCGACGACCGGACGUUCGAUGCCGGCGUCUGGGGCCGGGCUCCCGAGGAGCAGGAACAGGUGGCGCGGAAGUUGGCCGUGGACGAGGCGGUCUUCUGGUCCGUGGUGCUGGGCGCCAGCUGUGGUAAGCUGCGGGCCCUCUGCAAGACGGGGCUCUUCAGGGAAGCGGCGGAGGCGGGAGCUGGAGGCCAGCUCUGGACACUGCUGAGUCACGAGCGGGCAAACGAGCCUUUGUUCCUGCGGAAGAACGCUUUCCGCUUGCUGGAGCUGCACCGAUUCCAUCUGGCAGCCGCACUGUUCCUACUGGCCGGUAGCUGUGAGGAGGCUUUGCAAAUCAUCUCAAGGCAUUUGAAGGAUCUGCAGCUCUGUGUUCUCGUUGCCCGGGACCCGAAGCACCGCGAAGCGCUGCAGAAGGUCUUGCAGAGGACAGAGCAGGCAGAGGCGGAAGAUUUGUGGCUGCGCCGGUUGCUGGCCUACCACAGCCGUGCCGGAUGGGGCGCUGCGGAGCCUGAAAAGCCUGAGGAGCCUGAGGAGAGGGCGACGAGGAGGGCGGCUGCGGACUUCGAUGGUUUGCGCUUGUCGCAUCGCAGCGCAGCGCUGCCGGAAGUGGAGCGCCGGAUCCGCGAGGAGCUCUGA